GGGAGGGGGCCGGGCUCCUGCCCCGCCACUGGGAGAGAGGCGCGGCUCGGCCAAGUUGCUGCCGCCGCGGCCGCCCGGACAAUGCCCCCCAGGAGCUGACCAUGUUUCAGAUUCCGGAGUUUGAGCCGAGCGAGCGGGGGGACGUCUGCACCCCGGGAGGUGACCCCAGCCAGGCCCCAGCGGGACCGGGGGGCCUGGGUCGCCACACCCACACCUCCCCCGACCUAGCGUCGCACCUCCCCGGACGGAGGCCGCCGCCCGCGGCCCACCUCAGUGAAGGUCCCAGAGCAAAGGAGCCGUCCGGACGCCUGAACUCGGAACCCCCGGAUUCCGAGGCGGAGGAACACAGCCCGUUUAGGGGUCGCUCGCACUCGGCACCCCCCAUCCUCUGGGUCGCCCAGCGUUACGGCCGCGAGCUCCGCAGGAUGAGUGACGAGUUCGACUGCACUUUCCAGGGUCUGCCCCGGCCGAAGAGCGCGGGCACCGCGGCGCAGUUGCAGCGACCCUCGGGCUGGACCCGCGUCCUCCGCUCCUGGUGGAAUCGCAGCUCCAGCUCUGCCCAGUGACCGCUGACGUCACGCCCCCGGCCCCGCGCCGGACCGGAAGCCGCCGGCGGCCAUCUUGAGUGCGGGCGGAAGUCCGUCCCCCCGUUUGGGGGCUCCGUAUCUCCCCGCUCCGGAGCCCCUUCCCGGCCGGGCCACGCUCCCCGUGCGGACCGCCCUCGCCCCGGAGGCGCAGAAGGAGUUCGGAGCCCGGCCGCCUUACCUCUACAACGACCCGCGGCCACCGGCGGCGGGGGGAGGGGGUCCGCCCUCGAGAAAUAUGGCCGCCGGAAGUGACGUCUCCGGGCAGGCCCCACUUCCGGCGUUGGAGCCGAAGGGGGCGUGGCCGCCUCGGCCCCUGCCGGAGUUAACCGUCUGUUGCCCGAAGCGCUGGAGGCUGGGCGAGCUCCCGCCUCCGCCCCCCCAACGUGGAAAUAAAGACACUAUUUGCUGUC